AUGUUCCUCCUCCUUGCUCUGCUCGCGGGGCUUGCGAGGCUGCAGGUCCGCCCGGAUUCUGAAGGAAUAUUCCUGCAUGUCACGGUUCCACAGAAGAUAAUGUCAAAUGAGAGUGAAGUUUCAGAGAGAAAGGUGAUUUAUAUCAUUAAAAUUGAUGGAAAACCAUGUACUCUGCAUCUCAGAAAACACUCAUUCUUAUCUCAGAACUUUUUAGUUUAUACAUAUGAUGAAACCGGAUCUUUGCAUUCUGAGUCUUCAUAUUUUACGAUGCCUUGCCAUUAUCAAGGAUAUGUUGUAGAAUUUCCACAUUCAUCUGUGACACUCAGUAUAUGUUCGGGUCUCAGGGGAUUUCUUCAGCUUGAAAAUAUCAGCUAUGGAAUUGAACCACUGGAAUCCUCAGCAAGAUUUGAGCACAUAAUUUAUCAAGUGAAAAAUGACAACCUAAAUGUAUCAAUGUUAGCAGAAAAUUACACCAAUAUUUGGCAGAAAGACAAGCCUUAUAAAGUUCAUUUAAGCCCACAGAAACAAUUUUUUUCAGAACUAUUACCCCAAUAUCUAGAAGUGCACAUUAUAGUGGAGAAAGCUUUGUAUGAUUAUAUGGGAUCUGAAAUGAUGGCUGUAACUCAGAAAAUUAUCCAGAUUUUUGGGCUUGUCAACACUAUGUUUACCCAGUUCAAGUUGACUGUUAUACUGUCCUCCUUGGAAUUGUGGUCAGAUAAAAACCAGAUUUCCACCACCGGGGAUGCUAAUGACAUAUUACAAAGAUUUUUGGCCUGGAAACGGGACUAUCUCAUCCUACGGCCCCAUGACAUAGCAUACUUACUGAUUUACAGGAAACAUCCUAAAUAUAUGGGAGCAACAUUUCCUGGCACGAUAUGCAAUAAAAACUACGAUGCUGGUCUUACUAUGUAUCCAGAAGGAAUGAGUUUGGAGGGAUUUUCAGUUACUAUAGCUCAACUGCUUGGCCUUAAUAUAGGGUUAUCAUAUGAUGACAUUGCUGAGUGUUCUUGUCCACAAGCUACAUGCAUAAUGAAUCGUGAAGCAGUGAGUUCCAGUGGUAUAAAGAUUUUUAGCAACUGUAGCAUGCAUGACUACAGAAAUUUUGUUGCAGAAUUUGAGGUUAAAUGCCUUCAGAACCCUUCAAAUUUGAAACCAUUAUAUCAAAAUCAACCAGCCUGUGGUAAUGGGAUUUUGGAAGCUAAUGAAGAAUGUGACUGUGGUAAUGAAGAGGAAUGUCAAUUUAAAAAGUGCUGUGAUCAUAAUACAUGUAAGUUGAAAGGCUCAGUAAAAUGUGGUUCUGGACCAUGUUGUACAUCAAAAUGUGAGUUAUCAAUAGCAGGCACUCCAUGUAGAAAGAGUAUUGAUCAAGAGUGUGAUUUUACAGAAUAUUGCAAUGGAACAUCUAGUAAUUGUGUUCCUGACACUUACGCAUUCAAUGGCCACUCGUGCAGGCUGGAAACUGCAUAUUGUUAUAAUGGACAGUGCCAAACUACUGAUAACCAGUGUGCCAAGAUAUUUGGAAAAGGUGCUCAAGGUGCUCCUUUUGCCUGUUUUAAAGAAGUUAAUUCUCUGCGUGAUAGAUUUGGAGACUGUGGUUUUAAAAAUUUACAACCAUCACCUUGUCAACAGAAGGAUAUUCUCUGUGGAAAAUUAGCUUGUGUUUGGCCACAAAACGAUACUUAUAAAAGAGAUGUUCACUCUGCGGUUUAUUCAUAUAUUCAAGACCAUGUCUGUCUGUCUAUAGCCACUGGGUCAUCCAUGAGAUCAGAUGGAAGAGAUAAUAGUUAUGUUGCUGAUGGCACUGUGUGUGGUCCACAAAUGUAUUGUGUAAAUAAAACCUGCCAAAAAGCUAAUUUAAUGGAGUAUCACUGUAAUUCCACUGCAAAAUGCAAAGGGAAUGGGAUAUGUAAUAAUUUUGGUAAUUGCCAAUGCUUUCCUGACCAUAGGCCUCCAGACUGUAAAUUCCAGUUUGGUUCACCAGGGGGCAGUAUUGAUGAUGGAAAUUUUCAGACAUCUGAUAUACAUUUAUCUAAAAAAGGCUACAAUACACAUCAGAACAACUGGCUUAUUUUGAGUUUCUACAUUCUUCUACCAUUUUUCAUAAUUUUCACCAUUGUGAUCAUUAAGAGAAAAGAAAUGAACAAAUCACGCAACAGAGAGAGCACAGGAUAUAAGGGUACUUCAUCCAUUGCACCAGAAAGCUAUGACGUGGUAUAUUGAUAUUGCCAAGAAAGUCGCCAGCAGAUGGCCUGGAGGAGAACUUGUGAUUUAUAACCCUUCUUUCA